AUGUCAUUUAAUUUCAGAUGUGCUUUCAUUUUAGUUCAAAAAGAAUUUGCAGACAAACUUUUAGCUAAAUCCGGUUCUAAUGAUUAUUCUAAAUUAUCAGUUGUUACUCAAUUAAUGUCAAAAAUAGAGCAUGUUUUAAAAGUGUCAAAAAAUUCAUAUUCCCCUCCCCUGAAUAUUGAUACUUGUUUUGUAAAGAUACAGUUGAGAUCACCUAAAGUACCGAUUGAUGUGAUGGAGUUUGAACGUUUACUUAAAUUUUGUUUUAAUAGAAAAAAUAAGCUUCUUUCAUCAAAUUUAAACUGUCCACAAUUUCAUUCACACAUAGUUGAUGUAAUAGAAUGUGAUAAGAAGGAAGCUAGUAGAUUAGUCUUACAGAUAAUUGCAAAUUGUGACUUUAAGACAACUAGACCAUCUAAGAUGCAUGUUGAAGACUUUUUAAAAUUGUUACUUGAAUUUAAGAAAACAGGUGUGUCUUUUUAA